GGAGGCAGGCUUUUUCUUCCGCCCCCUAGCUGUGAUUGGCUCCGAGCAGGCCCAUUCCCGCCCCUUCAUGACUGACAGCCAGCAGAGCCCUUACCGCUCUCCCCGCCCCGAGGCGCGCGGCCCGGGCUGUCCCAGACCUCGUAGACCGUUAGCUCGGGGCCCCGGAGGCUACGGCUGAGUUUUCUGGGCUGUGGCCGAACGCUGUGGGAGUCAGCCGGGAUGGAGACGAUGCGAGCGCAGCGACUGCAGCCCGGAGUGGGCGGCGGCGGCGGGAUGGGCACUCUGCGAGCUCUGCGGCCCGGAGUGACCGGGGCCACCGCCGCCGCCAGCCCUCCAGGAGGCCCCCCGCCGGCCCCCCCGCCGCCGGCCCCCCCGCCGCCGCCUCUGCUGCUGUCCGGGGCCGCGGGGCUCCCGCUGCCCCCCGGCGCCGCGGGAAGCCCCGCCGUGCUGCGCGAGGCCGUGGAGGCCGUGGUGAGGAGCUUCGCCAAGCACACCCAGGGCUACGGCCGAGUGAAUGUGGUAGAGGCUCUGCAGGAAUUUUGGCAGAUGAAGCAGUCCCGUGGAGCUGACCUGAAGAAUGGGGCUCUGGUGGUUUAUGAGAUGGUACCCUCCAACAGCCCCCCGUAUGUCUGUUAUGUCACUCUGCCUGGAGGAAGUUGCUUUGGUAGUUUCCAGUUUUGCCCAACAAAAGCUGAGGCCCGUCGGAGUGCUGCAAAGAUUGCACUAAUGAAUUCUGUGUUUAACGAACAUCCCUCCCGAAGAAUCACAGAUGACUUCAUUGAGAAGAGUGUCUCGGAGGCCUUGGCAUCUUUCAAUGGCAACAGGGAAGAGGCUGACAACCCUAACACAGGGAUUGGUGCCUUCCGCUUCAUGCUGGAGUCCAACAAGGGCAAGUCUAUGCUGGAAUUCCAGGAACUGAUGACAGUUUUCCAACUAUUGCAUUGGAAUGGCAGCCUGAAGGCCAUGAGGGAGAGACAGUGUUCUCGACAGGAGGUGCUGGCUCACUACUCACACAGAGCCCUGGAUGAUGAUAUUCGCCACCAGAUGGCGCUGGACUGGGUAAGCCGGGAGCAAGGUGUGCCAGGAGCACUUUCCAGAGAGUUGGCAUCCACCGAGAGGGAACUGGACGAGGCUCGGCUGGCUGGCAAAGAGCUGCGCUUCCACAAGGAGAAAAAGGACAUUCUCAUGCUAGCCGCUGGGCAGCUGGGCACCAUGCACUCUUCUAAUUGCUAGACGCUCCCACCCCUACCACACCUAUCCAAGCCUCUGUUUGCACAUCUGUUUUCUAGGACUUGGAAAGAUUUCUGUACAGACUUACUCAUUUUUCCUAUCUGUCUAGGAAAACCAUUUUCUCCUUUCCUGGUCUUUUCUACAAUUGUUUCAUUUGAAACAUUCCCCACUCUACGUGGAGGCGUCUAGGGGCUACCUAUGGACAUUCAUGGACUCUCAUACUACCAAGUUCUCAAGUUUACUGAAGAGAAGCUCUUUAAGAGCACAAGGUGUUUCUUGAGCUUCUGGUUGGCUUGUUAGGUAGGGAGACCUCCGUCUGCCCUGGAAAAACACAGCCAACUUGAGUAAGAGCUUUGAGCCCAAGCUCUCUGUCUUCUUGCCACAGCUCCAAUUCCUACUUCUCCUUUGAAUUAAACAGGGUACAUAAGAGUAUGAAGCUUCAGGCUUUGGAUUGCCUUGAAUAGGACCUCUUCAAGACCAAGUUAUUCCUAUCACAUCCUGCCAUGCCACUUUAGUCUAAGGUCCCCUCACAUUCUAGCUCAGGGCAGGGAUGCCUAACAUCUUACACUUAGUUGCCCCCUGAGAAGCUGGUGGGAAAAAGGCCAGGGGAGAUGAAGAGCGAUCCUAAGUAUAACUUAGGGGUCUUCACCAAUCAAAAUGCUACCACGAUGUAUCUGUACUAUUCCAACAACCCAGAUUUUUUGAUAUAGUUCACACUACAGAGCUGGGUGGUGGGUUCUGACAUUUCUGUUUCUCUUCCUCUCCCUCCCCUUUCCCUUUUGUUUUACAACCACUGUUGGUUUAAGGCCUUUUUUGCUCCCUGGAGACAAUAUAACCUGUAUGUUGAAUGAAACUCAUACCUAUGAUAUAUAUAUAUAUAUUCCUCCCAUCACUUUGCUCCUUAGAAAGGAUAUGUUUUUACCUGUGGAAGACUUUUCUUCUUCCCCUAAAUAGUUGCUGUUUUACCUACUGACAGAAGCUACUGACCAGUUAUUAUAGUAGUAGUAGUUGCACACAUUUAUAUGAUGCUUUAAAGUUUAUAAAGCAUUUUCCUUACAACCCUUUAAGGUAGGUAGCAUAGGUAGUAUUAUCACCAUUUUUUUUUGAAUGAAGAAACUGAGGCUCAAAGUUGGAGCUGGAAUUGGAACCCAUGUCUGAAGUCCAGGACUGUUGCCUCUACAUCAUAUUGUCUCUUAUCAGGACUCAGAUUGCUUUCUCUUCCUCUCAGUUAACCCAUGAACGAGUUGUUCAGUAAACAGGACUGGACACUGACCUGGCUGGAUUUCCUUUCUGGAAUGUUUGGGGAAGAAAUUCAGCACCAGCUGCCUGUCUCUAAAAUUCUAAUUUUGUUUCUUUUCACUAGGGAGUGAGUUCCCCUACCUCAUUCUCUCUUGAGGAAGUAUAGGAGGGAUUUUCUGAAACAGCACUAAAGAAUUAUCCUUGUGGUAUGGAAGUUUCUCUGAGAUAUAUUUCUGGUUUGCUUCUACAACUUCCUUUACACUACUAUGUAUCACUUUGAAUGCACUUUCUAAACUGGGCUUGGGGAAUCAUCUUGUUUUUGCAGCUGUUUUCUGUGAUUUGUUGAUGCUCAUUUAAUCUUUGCUCAGUCAUAAUCUUCACUUUUAGAAAAAUUCCUUCUUCCUCCUUCAGGUGGGAUGAGCAUCUCUUUUUAUUUGGAAGCUAUCUAAGAAACCACUACAUAUGGGCUCAAAGGUACAGGUGAUAGUCACAACUUCACUACUACCUAGAAUGGGCUCUCCCUCACUCUUCCCCCAAACAAGGACAGAUUGUAAAGAGCUCCUACUCUGGGUUAGGUUAGAGGUGUGAUUGCCUCUAGUUGUUUCAUUUGGUAUUUGAAACCCCAAAUCACUUGCCCCCUCAUCAGGGUGCCUCUUUUCUCCUUGUUCCUUUCUCCCUGGGAAAGAAUGGGGGGGCUGGUUCCUGGAUCUGCUACAAACUGGUAGUCUUUGUCUCAUUUUCUAGUUAGAUCCUAGUGAGGUUGAGACAGUGCUCAUGCUGCCCAUCUUCAGUUUUAUGUGUCAUAACUUUUACUACUUUCUAUGUAUUUUGUAUGCACACUUUUAUACAAUUAAAAAUCAAUUUUCU